AUGGCGACCUCCCAGCCGCCCGAUCAUGGCCGCUUCGGUCACAGUCCACGCGAGCAUGAUGACACACUCUCUUCCACUGCCGCGACAUCAAUCUCAGAGAAAGACCGAACCUCAGACCCGGAUCGGCCUGAUCCAGACGUGGAACGAGGAAUACCCGUGAUUGACAUCUCCCAAGAUGCCGACGAGAAGUCGGUGCCGGUUACUGCUGUGACCCACGACCCCAACGUCGUCGACUGGGACAGUCCCACAGACCCGGAGAAAGCCCUCAACUGGACGGAGAAGAAGAAAUGGUCUAACAUCGGUAUCAUCUCUUCCGUCACAUUCUUGACGCCACUGGCUUCGUCUAUGGUCGCACCCGCCAUACCCCUCAUCAUGAAGGAGUUCCACACGACCGACACUACCAUCGGCAGUUUCAUCGUCUCCAUCUACAUCCUGGGCUACGCAGUUGGGCCGCUGUUUCUCGCCCCUCUGUCAGAGGUCUACGGCCGCUUGCCCGUCUACCAUGUGUGCAACCUCAUGUUCGUCAUUUGGACGAUAGCAUGCGCGUUGGCCCCUUCCGUCGGCCCUAUGCUGGUAUUCCGACUUUUUGCUGGUAUUGCCGGCAGUUGUCCUAUCACUAUUGGUGCUGGUUCUAUUGCAGAUCUGACCGUCCCAGAAAAGAGAGGCGUUGCCAUGGCGCUGUGGACUUUGGGUCCCCUCUUGGGACCCGUCAUAGGACCGGUGGCGGGCGGUUUCCUAGGACAGGCGGCUGGCUGGCGCUGGAUAUUCUGGCUCGUCACCAUUGCUGCUGGUGUGGCCUCGGGCUUGGCUGUCAUUUUCUUGCGCGAAACCUACGAGCCAAUUCUGCUCCAGCGACGCACCAACCGGCUGCGGAAGGAGACUGGUAAUAUGGAACUGCGGUCAAGACUUGACAAAGGCAUUUCGAUGCGCCAAUAUUUGUGGGUUUCCAUCGUCCGACCUAGCAAGAUGCUCGUCUUCUCGCCGAUCGUCUUGACUCUAUCCAUCUACAUGGCAGUAGUAUAUGGCUAUCUCUAUCUGCUAUUCACCACCAUCACGCUAGUGUUUGAGGAAGGCUAUGGCUUUAGCCAGGGUGUCGUCGGGCUUAGUUACUUGGGCAUUGGCGUCGGCUCCGUGAUGGGGCUUUUUCUCUUCGGCGCUGUCUCAGACAAGACGGUCAAGAAAUUGUCUGCGACGGGCGGCAUGAAGCCUGAAUAUCGUCUGCCGCCCCUGAUUCCCGGCAGCCUGAUGAUCCCGAUUGGCCUUUUCUGGUACGGCUGGUCGGCCAAGGCUCAUAUCCACUGGAUCAUGCCCAUCAUUGGCACGUCCUUUGUCGGCUUCGGCGUAUUGGCGACCUUCAUGCCCAUCCAGACCUAUCUCGUCGACGCAUUCCACAGGCACGCAGCUUCGGCAAUUGCAGCAAACACUGUGCUGAGGAGUCUGGCAGGCGCCUUCCUCCCGCUGGCGGGCCCCAAGAUGUAUGCGGCCUUGGGUCUCGGAUGGGGCAAUUCACUCCUCGCAUUCAUCGCUUUAGCAAUGGCACCUGUUAGCUGGAUUCUCUACCGGUAUGGAGAGAAGAUUCGAACGCAUCCAAGAUUUCAUGUGGAAUUCUAA